CAGACGCGCGCUGACACUGUGCGCAUGCAGAUUUUUUUAGACCUCGCUAAAGGUUAUAGUGAAAGUGGAGCUCAACAGUUCACAUUUUGCCACUGUGAUUUCAGUGCCUCCAGACGCACCAUUAGAUUCAACCAUUAGUUUAAGAUCUUCUGCGUAAAUCCCUUUAAAUCGGUUCCACGCACUCCUUGAGCCUUGCAUUACCCAAAUAUUUAGGAGCUGUAGAAAUGCGUCUUUCCAGAUCUUUAUCAAUAACAUCAUUUACCGGACUUCCACUCUGGGAGGAGGAUAGUCUGCCUGUGGAGGAUCUCUUACUCUUUGAGAUUGCAUGGGAAGUAACUAAUAAAGUUGGUGGUAUAUACACUGUUAUCCAGACUAAAGCUAAGAUUACAGUGGAUGAAUGGGGUGAGAAUUACUUCAUGAUGGGUCCUUACUACGAGCACAAUUUCAAGACGCAGGUGGAGCGAUGUGAACCUCCAAACCAAGCCAUAAAAGUGGCCAUGGACGCAUUGAUUAACAAUGGCUGCCAGGUGCAUUUUGGCCGCUGGUUGAUUGAGGGUAGCCCAUAUGUUAUUCUGUUUGAUAUUGGGGCAGCUGCAUGGAACCUGGACCGCUGGAAGGGAGAUCUGUGGAGCGCAUCUAGCAUCGGGCUGCCCUAUCACGACAGGGAGGCCAAUGACUCUCUCAUAUUCGGUUCUCUUGUGGCCUGGUUCUUCAAAGAGCUAACCGACCAACUUCAGGACAAGCCUAACGUAAUUGCUCAUUUCCACGAGUGGCAAGCCGGGACGGGGCUCGUACUGAGCCGCUCUCGUAAAAUUCCCAUGGCAACCAUUUUUACCACACAUGCCACCCUGCUGGGGCGUUACCUGUGUGCAGGCAAUGCAGACUUUUACAACAACCUGGACAAGUUCAACAUAGACCAAGAGGCAGGAAAUAGACAAAUCUACCAUCGGUACUGUUUGGAGAGGGCUGCGGUGCACUGCGCACAUGUCUUCACCACUGUGUCUCAGAUCACAGCUGUGGAGGCCAAUCACAUGCUCCGUAGACAACCAGAUGUCGUCACCCCAAAUGGCCUUAAUGUUAAGAAGUUUUCAGCCAUGCAUGAGUUCCAAAACCUGCACUCGACAAACAAAGCCAAGAUCCAGGAGUUUGUAAGAGGCCACUUCUAUGGACAUCUGGACUUCAACCUGGAAAAGACCCUCUUCUUCUUCAUCGCCGGUCGAUAUGAGUUUUCUAAUAAGGGAGCAGACCUGUUCCUCGAAUCUCUUUCUAGAUUAAACUAUCUGCUAAGGGUGCACAAAAAUGAUGUCACCGUAGUCGUGUUUUUCAUCAUGCCUGCAAAGACCAACAACUUCAACGUGGAGUCUCUAAAGGGACAGGCUAUACGCAAGCAGCUGUGGGACACAGCCCAGUCUGUAAAGGAGAAGUUUGGCAAAAGGCUUUACGAGGGCUUGUUAAGGGGUGAGAUCCCAGACAUGAACAAAAUUCUGGACCGGGAUGACUUCACCAUAAUGAAGAGAGCUAUCUAUGCAACACAGAGACACUCAUUCCCACCGGUAACAACUCACAACAUGCUUGAUGACUCAACGGACCCCAUCCUGAGCAACAUCCGGCGAAUUGGCCUCUUCAAUGGACGCAAUGACAGAGUGAAGAUUGUGUUCCAUCCAGAGUUUCUAUCCUCCACUAGUCCCCUGCUCCCCAUGGACUACGAGGAGUUUGUGCGUGGCUGUCAUCUCGGAGUGUUUCCUUCUUAUUAUGAACCGUGGGGAUACACACCAGGUGAAUGUACUGUUUUGGGAAUUCCCAGUGUCACAACCAAUCUGUCUGGAUUUGGCUGUUUCAUGGAAGAACACAUCUCUGACCCGUCUGCAUACGGGAUCUACAUUGUGGAUCGGCGUUUCCGUUCUGCGGAUGAGUCGUGUAACCAGCUGACUCAGUUCAUGUUUUCCUUUUGCCAGCAGUCACGACGACAGCGGAUAAUCCAGCGUAACCGUACAGAGAGACUGUCUGACCUGCUAGACUGGAGAUAUCUUGGACAAUUCUACAUGCACGCCAGGCAUCUCGCCCUCAGCAGAUCCUUCCCUGCUAAAUUCAAAAUGGACCACCUCAACUUUCCACUGACCCAAGGUUUCCGCUACCCCACACCCUCCUCGGUAGCACCUUCCCCAUCAGCCUCCCUCCACUCUACUCCUCACCACAGCGAUGAGGAAGAUGACGAGCCGUACGACGAAGACGAAGAGGUGGAGAGAGACAGACAGAACAUCAAAGCACCUUUCACUCUGGGUGCGGUGCCGGAGGGUAAGAAGAAUCAACCGGGGCAAAAUGGGAAUUAAGACCUGCACCAUUCUGCUCAUCUCAUCUUCACAGUUCAUCAGAUCUAAAACUAUUGGUUACUUGAGAGGUUUUGUAUAAAUUGAUGAUACAGCAUCUUCAAAAUAUCUGAGACCACAUUGAACAUCUGGGAUCCCAUUUUCCUGUUAGUCAAAGUACUUCUAAAAAGUUUUAAAGUUGAUCAUUUGAGGGUAAUUUAGUAAAUGUAAGCAAAUUUUUUAUUCUUUCGUAUAGCGCAAAGUUUAUCACUUGUGAUGAAAAACAUUUUGUUUAAUUGGAAAGGAAGCAUAACGGAACAUUUUCACUAGUGGUCAUGUAUGUUCCACUGGUCAAAUAUUAUAUAAAGACUUAUAAUAUUUUUCCAAGAAAUGUUCAAUAUUCCAAUAAUGAUGUAAAAAUGUAAAACAAAGCCCUGUUUGUUUUACAAAACAAGAAAUCUGACAUACUCAGUGCAAAUUGUUUAAUGGAUCAAAUGUUCACACAUUCUCCAAGUGUAUUUCACAUGGUAAUUUGAAUGUUGAUUCAACAUGAGAAAAUGAAAAGAAAAUAUCUGUACAGUUAAUAUAUAUAUUACACAGAUUUCAGUAAUCAUGAAUAGUUCCUUAUCCAGGAUGAUAUAUCUCUUGGAAAAAACAACCCUGAAAUAAAACAAAGAAAUGAAAAAUA